AUGUGUGAUCAGACCUUUCUGGUUAACGUAUUUGGCUCCUGCGACAAAUGUUUCAAACAAAGGGCUCUGAGACCAGUUUUUAAGAAAUCUCAACAGCUCAGCUACUGCUCAGUAUGUGCAGAAAUUAUGGCCACGGACGGGCUGCACGAGAACGAGACGCUGGCGACGCUGAAGAGCGAGGCCGAGAGCCUCAAGGGCAAGCUGGAGGAGGAGCGGGCCAAGCUGCACGACGUGGAGCUGCACCAGGUGGCGGAGCGGGUGGAGGCGCUGGGCCAGUUCGUCAUGAAGACCAGGCGGACCCUCAAAGGCCACGGGAACAAAGUGCUGUGCAUGGACUGGUGCAAAGACAAGCGGAGGAUCGUGAGCUCGUCCCAGGACGGGAAGGUGAUCGUGUGGGAUUCCUUCACAACUAACAAGGAGCAUGCGGUCACCAUGCCCUGCACGUGGGUGAUGGCGUGUGCGUACGCCCCGUCGGGCUGUGCCAUUGCGUGUGGGGGCUUGGAUAACAAGUGUUCUGUGUACCCACUGACCUUUGACAAAAACGAAAGCAUGGCUGCCAAAAAGAAGUCUGUGGCUAUGCACACCAACUACCUGUCGGCCUGCAGCUUCACCAACUCGGACAUGCAGAUCCUGACGGCGAGCGGGGACGGGACGUGCGCCCUGUGGGACGUGGAGAGCGGGCAGCUGCUGCAGAGCUUCCACGGGCACGGGGCCGACGUGCUCUGCUUGGACCUGGCGCCCUCGGAAACCGGAAACACCUUUGUGUCCGGGGGCUGUGACAAGAAGUCCAUGGUGUGGGACAUGCGCUCCGGCCAGUGCGUGCAGGCCUUUGAAACCCAUGAAUCAGACGUCAACAGUGUCCGGUACUACCCGAGCGGAGACGCCUUCGCCUCAGGAUCAGAUGACGCUACGUGUCGCCUCUACGACCUCCGGGCAGACAGAGAGGUGGCCAUCUAUUCCAAGGAGAGUAUCAUAUUUGGAGCAUCCAGCGUGGACUUCUCCCUCAGUGGUCGCCUGCUGUUUGCUGGAUACAACGAUUACACCAUCAACGUCUGGGAUGUGCUCAAGGGGGCCCGAGUCUCCAUCCUGUUUGGACAUGAAAACCGUGUUAGUACUCUGCGGGUGUCCCCUGAUGGAACUGCUUUUUGCUCAGGAUCCUGGGAUCACACCCUAAGAGUCUGGGCUUAA